AUGUCGAAGUUGAUUAGAUCUGAGCGACGAGGAAAUAGGCAAAUGAGACGAAAACAAUUGCUUCAGUAUGCCCUGUUAGGUAUUGUUUUCAUGAUCUCGGCUUUGGUGACAAAUCAGGAUCUUUAUCCUACCAAGCUCAUGAAAGGAACCUCUUCAUAUAAACCCACAACUUUCCUCAAAACAAAGGAACGACAGUCAACGAGUACAAGGGGUAAUGCUCACGCUACAAAGCCAAGCCAAAAUCCUGCUACCGACCCAUCCACGAUUCCAUUCGACGAGGACUACCUCCCUCCAAGGAAGACAAAGGAAAAAUGGAGGAACCGCCGUUCGACAGGUGUCCGAAUGGGAGUUCACAAGUUGAAACAAACUCCCAAAGUCAUUUUUUCAGAGAUUGAGCAAGCUGCUACUGACACUGACGUUGGUAUUUCUCCCAACAAUUCCAUCUCGGAAGUGCCAUCAUUCCUACAUGUGGAACCCAUGGUUCAUUAUCAUGCCAUUGUGGUUCCCUAUCGCAAUCGACAAUAUCACUUGCAAGAAUUUCAGAAACGCCUGUAUCCAUAUAUUGAGAAGCAUUAUCGUCAUCCAGCAAAAGGCCAACAACAACAUGUUUCCGAAUUUUCCUUGUGGAUCAUCGAACAAGACGACGACGAACCCUUCAAUCGAGGUUGGUUGGGCAAUGUGGGCAUUGCCGAGAUUCUACGGCAUUCACCCGAAGUGGAAUGCUUGACUUUUCAUGAUGUAGACUUUGUACCCGAGGACACGGGCGAGAAUGAUGCUGUCAAGGGUCCAGUCUACUAUGAUCGGUGUUCGGUACCGACCCAAACCGGAUCCGAACUCUUUCGCACUGGAUUGAAUUGGACAGUAGGCUAUCAAGAGCAUGCAGGGGGUGUUGUGACACUGCACUUGCAACAUUGGCAAGCCAUAAAUGGAUUUAGCAACGACUAUGUAUCAUGGGGUGGUGAAGAUGACGAUUUGUACCUUCGAUUACGAGACAAGAAACUCCUUUCAGUGAACCGACAACGCAAGUUUCUCAUGCGACGACCUCCACCAGGAUUCGGGCGAUUCCGCACAGUGAGUGACGACAGGGAACAUCACAUCCAGGACACCGAUAAGGGCAAGAAUGCCAACUAUCAAGUUUCCCUUCAGAUCCUGCAACAAGUCCGCGACGGCAUUGCACAAAUCCAGCGAUCAGAUUAUGAUGGUCUAUCCGAUCUCCAAUACAAAGUCAACAGCCACAAGGUCCGUCGCCCCACUUCUUCUCCUUCGUCAGGAUAUGGUUUCCAAAUGGCGCAUCACCUCAAGGUGAAGCAGCAACUAUUGGAAUUGAUUCCGAUUCCUGGAACUGGAGCUGAACAGAUCGAAAAGGCAGCCUCCAGUCUGGGGAUUCCAUGGGGGAGGUGCCACUUUCAACAGGACGAUGAUGAAGAUGAUUUUGAUUUCAGUGGCAAUCACAAUACCCGAGACGACGAAGUAGAAAAAGGACACUGUUCAAAUAUCCCUGACUUUGCAAAUCUAGGCCUCACGACUCAUCAUCGUGGUGGUAGCCAUGAUGGGAACCAACAACUAUGGCAUCUUCCAUCAUACCUUUGGGACAUCAACAUGUUCGAAGGCAAGCAUACAUUCACUAUUGUUCGAAAUCCGUUUGAUUUGGUAAUCAUGAGAUACUUGGAACUGAUUGACCCCCCUCUGAAUGGAAAAGGAGCUGGUAACAUUGAUUCUUCCACAAGUCCGAAUCAUCAUGAGAAAGAGUUGAAUGAAUUUGUCGAGUCCAACCUUUGCAGGGGUAAUGAGCCAUUCUCGACCAAGGCCGAACCAAUGUGGUGGUUUCCUCAGUAUGAUUUUGUGCAUUUCAAUAGAACACAGAGAGUGAAUCAUAUUCUGAAAUACGAGAGCCUAGCGUCCGAGUUUCCUAACCUCAUGACAAAAUAUGACUUGCCACUGGAUUUGCCAAACUUUGAAACACGUGCAGAAGGAGCUGGGCCCCAAGCAUUGUCCUUGCAAAACUUGACGAAUCGCUCGAUUGCACUGAUACAACUUCAUCACGCAAGAGAUUUUCAAGAGUUUGGAUAUCCCAAAGCGUUGAGUGAAACUGACAAGCAUGCUGUCAAGAUGGACGAACAAGGAAGAAGUUACUGUGUUUUUCCCAGCAAAUUAUAG